AUGACGAAUCCCAGCCAGACCCAGGCAGUGAAUUUCGCAGCCCCCAGAGGGUUUGCUGCCGCCUUCCAAGCUGAUUGCAAAGAAACUUUCUUCCCCGAUGACCCCUUCCAUAAGUUGAAACAUGAAAAGCCUUUGCGCAAACUCGAGAAAACAAUCCAAUACUUUAUCCCCUUGUUUGAAUGGUUACCCGACUAUAAUCUACGUCUGUUCAGAUACGAUUUACUAGCCGGUAUCACCAUUACCACCCUCUCAAUCCCUCAAGGCAUUAGCUACGCCAAAUUCGCUAAUAUCCCUCCCAUCUACGGCCUCUAUUCGAGCUUUAUACCGCCUUUAGUUUACGCCAUUUUCUGGAGUUCAAAGCAUCUCGCAGUAGGGACAGUGGCGGCGUGUGCACUGCUUGUAUCUGAAACCAUCAGAACUAAAGCAUCACUGAAAGAUAACCCCACAUUGUAUCUUCACUUGAUUUUCACAUUCACUUUCUUCACCGGGAUUUUCCAGACUGCUUUAGGCUUUCUGAGGCUGGGAAUUUUGGUUGAUUUCUUAUCACAUUCUACCAUCACUGGUUUCAUGAGAGGGACGGCCAUAAUAAUCUGCCUCCAACAACUGAAAGGUAUAUUCGGUGUAAAACAUUUCACUACUCACACCGAUGUUGUGUCCGUUCUUCAAGCAGUUUUUCGCCACAGGGACGAGUGGAGGUGGCAAAGUGCUGUGGUUGGUGUCAUCUUCCUUGUUUUCCUCCAAUUCACUCGAUACCUGAGACAAAAGAGACCAACACUGUUCUGGGUGUCAGCUAUUGGUCCAAUGGUGGUUGUCUUGGUUGGUUAUAUUUUUGCAUUUUUUGCCCAUGCAGAGAAACAUGGAAUCGACAUCGUAAGUUCGUCUUUAUAA